AAUCGUAUAAACGAACGCAACUACUGUAGCUUGUUAUGUUAUGGAACCGGUACCUUAGAUACAAGAAAAGAGGUUAUGAUUUAUUUAUUUUUUUUUAAAUUAAAUUUUUGGUCAGUAUCAAGCAUAUAUAUAAGGUAUCAAGCACAUUUAGGGAAUGCCUGUAAGCAAAUUACUUCGUGUAAAUCAGAUAGACGCGGUUUAUUUGGACAACGAAAUAUACAAAUCAUUGCUAUGGUUGGUAAAAGAAUGCACUUCUCACUUACCACCCAGAAUUGCCGCAUACUACAUGCCCGAGUUAGAAUUAUUUGUCAAAUUCGUCAUACUAUAUCAUUCUGUUGCGAAGAACGGUUUCACAUUUGGUCAAAAAUUAUUGGCCAUUAAGUACGAGAACUUAAGUAACGCUAAGAAAAUAUUGUAUCUGGUCUUUAGCUGUUCAAGCUAUCUACACAGAGUGGAAGCGUUCAAUAAUUUCGCUCGUUUUUAUAAAUACAUUGUGUGGUUUGACGGGUUUAUAAAAAUUUGUAAUUUUGUUAAUUUAUCGUUGUUUUUAAAAACUGGUAAAUAUCCCAUUUUAAUCGACAGAAUUCUAAAUUUGGAACAAGUGUAUACACAAAAUGCAGAAAGAUCGUUUGGUUCAAAAUAUUUAGCCAGGGAACUUUUAUGGAAUGGCUUCAUUGAAAUUCUGGUAUAUGUUUUACCAUUAAUCAACUAUCACAAAAUAAGGAGAAUGAUUUAUAGCAUCAUGCCUUCACGAAAAAAAUUAGAUGCUUUCUCUGAUACUCCUGUUUUGACACUACAAACUACAUGUAUAUAUUGUGGAUUGGCACCAAUUCUUCCACAUCAUAUGAACUGCAAACACGUAUUUUGUUAUGUGUGUUUAAAGGGAAACCAAUUGGCUGAUUCUAUGUAUUCAUGCCCUGAAUGUGGACAUUCUACAACAUCGUGUGAACGGGUUUCAGUAAAAUGAGUUUUAUAGAAUUGGGCGGAUAGAUUAAUCAUUGGGUACCUAUACCACCGGACAUCGAUGUUUUAGAAGAAGUAGCUAGAGAGGGUAAUUACUUUUAGUUCUGGAACUUGUCAAUUGAUUCGUAUAUGUUGGCUAAAUAAAUUUAAGAUGCAUCUAGU